AUUAUUAUUUGUCUAUUCGUUUGGCUAUGUUUUCUUUUCUGUUGCUUUCUUUGGUUUAACAUUGAUCAUGUUUCACCCUGUUUUUCAUUCCCCCUGUCUGCAAUCAACUUCUUCAUUCCAAUAAGGCUGGGCACAGAGUAAGUUUACUCCUCUUGGCUGUUGCUAACACUGGCGGUAAGGGCUUGUUAAAGUUCCGUGGUGAUGUGAACGUGGGCUGAUACAUACGAGAUAGGAAGCGGCUGCUGCUCAAGCCAAGUUCAUGUACCUAAAUUCCUGGUCAAAGCCAGAUGUUGUAUCAUACUUUGUCAUUAUUUUUUGUUACAGAUACAUCUGAUUAUUAAACACUUGAUUGUUGUUGUUGUUGUAGUCUUCUAGGCUUUUCUUUAAUUGAUGGGAAUUGAAACAUGAUUCGCAGGAAAGUAUGUGGCCUGCCUAUUCCUCAGCAGAGGAAAAGCUCUGCUGACUUCAGUGGGGUUAUGUGUUUUAAGGGGCAGCAUAAUUUGAUUAAGUAUUAAAUGCAUAACUACUAUUGCCUGCAUAAGUCCCUUAAACAUCAGUAAGAGAAUCCAUCUAUUGUUACUUUGUUACCAUCAAAAUCGCUUCUUAUGAACGCAUAUUUUUACAUGCUUUAAAGUAUACUGUCUCUAGACUGAUACCAGUAAGAGUAUUUUUCACUUGGAAUUCUUAGAAGGCCAUCAAAAAUAUGUCUUUAUUUUUCUGUCCUGGGCUUGUUUUAAAUUGUUUAAUUGUUUUAAAACAACUCACAAGUUAAAAAAUUUUUGUAUUGCUUUACCAAUCUGUUCUCCAAAGAUGCUUGGCUUUCAUGCUAGCUCUGAGGCUUUAUUAGUUAAAAAAGAAAGGGAAAAAAAAAUUCUCAAGCCUUCUCUGCCUUUUUUUAAUGACCAUCAGCAUGAAUAUAGUUGCAUGGGCUAAGAAUAAAAAAAAAAUAGCAAAUAUUUAAAAAGGUAACUUUAUAGUGUAGUUACCACUGUUAUACAUAUAUGUAUAUGUGGAUUAUAUGUUUUACAAACACAUUUGAUGGCUGUCAUUUUAGGAAGUAUCUUACUAAGAAAGCAUUCUGGUUGGGAGAUAAAUAGUUCCAUACUGACAGAGACAGUUUGUCAGGGUAACAGGGAUGACUGUCUUUAGAUCCAGUGUUUCUAUGGUGUAGUAACAUAGUACCCAUGCUUUACAGAGCUUUUCAUGCCCUUUUUGCAUAAUUAAUUUUUUGCUACUUUGCUUGCAUUAAUUAUUUCUUUAUUAGCACAUUUAAAGCCUGUGAUAUUAAACUAUUGUCUUACUUCAUCUAAAUCCUUAACUUUGAAGCCCCAAUCCUAUGAAUAUAUCUGGUAAUGGAAACACUGUAUGUGGUAGUCUGGUUUAUCUUUGGUGCAGUGUCAUGUUUAACAAAAAUAUUGUUGUCUUACUCUGCUGCUGUUCAGUGUUUCCUACAAUAAUGGCUCUGAUCAAGCUUCCUAUUCUGGUUAACUCAUAACACAUUGCACAUUUGCAUUUUUAUUACUUUUUAUGAGGAAGAAUAAAUAAUUAAAGUAAAAAAAAAAUUGGAAGAAGGAUUUUUAAAGGGAAGUGGCCAUAGUUUAUCCAGGUCUGUGCUUGAACAGAUGUUAGAGAGGUGUCUUAGUUUUUUGUAAAUGUUUAAGAAAAAAAGCUGGGACAGUUUACUGUAGCUCCUAAGUUUGUGUAAAUUACAUGAAGUAGUAAUACAUUUCUUUUAUUAUACCUUGCAACUGCUAUCAUAAAAACAAAAAAAACCUCUGCAGACCUUUGUCUUUUUAAGGCCCUUCUCUCAGCACCAUUCUAUGUUAAUAGGGGCCAUUGUUUUCCCUCAAAUAUACAUAAAUUCCAUCAUCAUUUAAUUUUUUAUUUUGGUAGCUUUUACAUCAAAUGCAAAACUAUGAAACUGAGGAAAACAUUGGCAUGCUUCUUGCUUCCUAAUGAUUCUUGCUGGUCUUUCUCAAUAAGGAUCCAUAACGAUCUUUCUUUCCUGUCAUGACACCUGAUAAGUUGGUGUUAGUAUUAGGAGAUCUUCACAUUCCACACCGAUGCAACAGCCUCCCAGCUAAAUUCAAAAAACUGCUGGUUCCAGGAAAGAUCCAGCACAUCCUCUGCACAGGAAACCUCUGCACCAAGGACACUUAUGACUACCUCAAGACUCUGGCUGGGGAUGUUCAUGUUGUGAGAGGGGACUUUGAUGAGAAUCUGAAUUACCCUGAACAGAAAGUUGUAACUGUUGGACAAUUCAAAAUUGGGCUGAUUCAUGGCCAUCAGGUUAUUCCUUGGGGUGAUAUGGCCAGCCUGGCACUGCUACAAAGGCAGUUUGAUGUGGACAUCUUAAUUUCAGGACAUACACACAAAUUUGAGGCAUUUGAACAUGAAAACAAAUUCUAUAUCAAUCCAGGAUCAGCUACAGGAGCUUAUCAUGCCUUAGAGAACAACAUCAUUCCUUCAUUUGUGCUGAUGGAUAUCCAAGCUUCUACAGUCGUUACAUAUGUUUAUCAACUAAUCGGAGAUGAUGUGAAAGUAGAAAGAAUUGAAUACAAAAAAUCUUAGUGUCUUUGCUUGUCUGGUAUUUUUACCAUCUCAUUCUUGAACUGCAAGUUACUGCAAGACUCGAUUACUAGUUUACAGUACUACACUUACUUGCUAACAGCUUAACAAUGUAGCUCAUUAGUAUCAACUUCAAAACGUGUUUGCUUAUUUUCUCUUGUAUGAUUUGAUUUGUAAAAAUAUCCCAUUAAAAUAACUAGUGUUUAAAUACUAUUCCUUAA